CAUCCUGUACCAGUUUCAGUGUGUAGAGGAGUUUCCAGACACAAAAGUAAAGAUCAUGGAGGUCACAUCUCAGCCUGCUGCAUUCGCACCCAGAGAAUUUCACACAGGCUUAAUGAGCUGCUGUGAAGACAUGAGCAUAUGCUGUUGUGGCUGUUUCUGCCUCCCUUGUUUGGGCUGUUCCAUUGCUAGUGAAAUGAAAGAGUGCUGCUUAUGCGGUUUAGGCAUGCCGAUCCGAAGUGUAUACCGAACUAAAUACAACAUACAAGGAUCCAUGUGCAAUGACUUUUGUGUCGGUUACUACUGCAUGCCUUGUGCCGCCUGCCAGCUGAAGAGAGACAUUGAAAUUAGGAAGCGUACUGGAGAAUUCUGAGGAAACCUUCUUACACAAAACAUAAGCAGUGAACAUAGUUAUUCUGUUUUCAAAAGGCAACAGAGAAAAAUACUAGCUGUCAGUCCAUCUAGCAAACUACCUUAUAGUCCUUAAUUAUUGCUCUUGGGAACUAAAGAAAAAUGGAGGUAUGCAAAUACACUAAUCAAACUUUGAAACUAUGAAAGUACAGGCUGUUGCUAUAGCAUUUAAAAACUUUGGACCACAGACUGCUUGCACUUUAUCAUGUUGGUUGUGGUGUGGAACUAUGAGUGGCUGUAAGUUAAGAGUCCAUAGGAGAAUAUUGUUGUAUUAUUUUGAUUAUUAAUUUGUAUAAUUUCUGACAACAUGUUAUUUUAAUACAGGUAGAUUUACAGUGAUAUAUAUUCUUAUACAGUUACAUCUAUGUCAAUUUUCUUGGUAGUCACUAAACUAUAAGUAAGAAAGAGCAUUAUCUUGUAAAUAUGUAGUAGUGUCAUGUUAUUGUCAUAUAUGAUAUGUAAAUGCCUUAGCCUAAAAAAAAUUACUCACAACAUUUCAUAAAGCAUU